AUGACAAUCACAGCCGUACCCACCAGCGAGCAGGAGCUCACGAAGUUGAUGCACGGCAAAUCGGCUACUGAACGCAAUGCUUUCCUUUCUAUGCUACGCAAAGACGGCCAAUCUCAUCGCCUUGUCACAGACGAAUAUGUCAAGCGCUGGACCGAGGACAGUGACGAAGCACGAAAGUCCAGACAGGACUCAUACAUGUCCCUGGUGAACAAUUAUUACGACUUGGCGACUGAUCUGUAUUGCGAAGGAUGGGGUGAAUCGUUCCAUCUUUGUCGGUUUGCUCUUAGAGAGUCGUUGAUUCAGGCACUGGCUCGUCAUGAGCAUUACCUUGCACAUAUGAUUGGCAUCAAAGACAACUAUACUGUGCUCGAUGUCGGUUGUGGAAUCGGUGGACCAGCAAGAGAAAUUGCUACCUUCGCUGGCUGCAAAGUAGUCGGAGUAAACAACAAUGGCUAUCAGAUUGAAAGAGCGACUGCACUUACAGCUAAGAGAGGACUCUCUGAGCAGGUGUCNUUUGUCCAGAACAACUUUAUGCACUUGAGCUUCCCAGACAACACUUUUGACGCUGUGUAUGCCAUCGAGGCUACUUGUCAUGCCCCGGACCUCCAAGGUGUCUAUUCGCAGAUGUAUCGUGUCGCCAAACCAGGAGCAGUUGUCGGCAUCUACGAAUGGGUAAUGACAGACCGCUACAAUGAAAGCGAUCCAGCUCACCGUGCAAUCCGCCAUGGCAUCGAGCGCGGGAAUGGAAUCUCCAACAUGGUAACCAGGAAGGAAGCACAGCAGGCCUUUUCCAAAGCAGGCUUCAGCCUGAUACAUGACGAAGACCUAGCUGAACGCAAAGAUGCAAGACCCUGGUUCGCUCCAUUGAGCGGCGACAUCAAUUAUGCCACCGGACUUUGGGACGUACUGGGUGCUUUGCGCAUGACGAAGGCUGGUAGAUUUGUGAUGGAGUCGCUUCUUUCCACACUCGAAAAGGUCAGGAUGGCACCUUCUGGCACAGCUGAAACGGCUNNUAAGGAAUUGUCAGCUGGCGCUGAUGCUCUGGUCGCUGGUGGAAAGGAAGGCCUCUUCACUCCAAUGUAUCUCAUGGUUGGAAGGNNGAAGCCAAUGUAG